AUGUCAAAUCCGAUCAGAACAUAUAGUGAAUUGCCUAGAAAUGUACAGAAUGGACUGAAAAACUUGGAAAUCGAACUGCAGUUUGGCUGUUUAGGCCACUAUGAACAUGACACAAUAAAAAAUAUUGACCAAUCCUCUAUCCAAAUUAAUUUUUCGGGUGAGCUAUUGCUUUAUCCUAUAUUAAAAUAUUUAAGAGACCUCGGGUACCCUGUCGCAAACUCUAUGAUAUCAUAUUUAUCUCGCGAAAGAAACCUUUACAUCUACUUAGGGCAUGAUCCUUUACCCUCGGAUUUGGCCAUUCCUAUAGCAGACGUGCACGAUUUCCCUAUUUUACAACUAAAAUCGCGCCUCACUAACCAAACUGAAGUAAUAAUUUCAGCCAAUAUAAUUGAAGAAGACAAUAAUUCUGAAAAAGGCCAAGGCUCUAGACGAACAAAAGAAAGAAAAAUCGGCUUCAUUAUUGACAAAGUGGCAAAAUGGCGAAAUUUAUACAAUGGAGCUCCAAAUUCAAAUGGAGAGAUCGUUAGACACACCCUUGAAGAAGCUGCUUUACAAGUAGGAAUUUCAAAGAAAUCAUUAGAUGACUAUUUACUUCAGCUCAGAUUUGGGAGAAAAUUUGGCUUUAAUUUCGAAGAACAUAAAAACGAUAAGGUAGGGUUAUUAAGAGCUUAUGUAAAAAAGUUUAAAUUUAUCCAAAGCGAAAUAGCCAAACUUCAGACAGGGGAGGUGCUUUCUAAAGAAAUUUUAGAAAUGCUCAACCAAAAAGGAACGCCUUCUUGCAAAAGCAAAAAAUGCUGCGUACCACCUUCAGGCAUGCUUAAGCUUCCGGUUCAGUUUGUGAGCUCAUCAGUGGAUUUUGGGUUCAAAUAA